AUGACAGGUGCUACUACACCGAAGCCAAGUAGCACUCCACGCUUGUUCGUCUCCUUGUCCUUCUCCUUCUUGGCAUUCUUGAGCUGCAUUGCCGUGUGCAAUGUCGCCGUCGCCGCCGCCGCCGGCGACGAGGCCGCGGUGCUGCUGGCCAUCAAGGCGUCUCUCGUCGAUCCAUUGGGUGAGCUGAAAGGAUGGAGCUCUUCGCCGCAUUGUACGUGGAAGGGCGUGCGCUGCGACGCCCGGGGCGCGGUCACCGGCCUCAAUCUCGCCGGAAUGAACCUGAGCGGCACCGUCCCGGACGGCAUCCUCCGCCUCGCCGGGCUCACCUCGGUCGUCCUGCAGAGCAAUGCGUUCGACGGCGAGCUGCCGGCGGCACUCGUGUCCAUUCCGACGAUCCAGGAGCUCGACGUCAGCGACAACAACUUCAAGGGCCGCUUCCCGGCCGGACUCGGGGCGUGCGCCUCGCUGACACACCUCAACGCGUCGGGCAACAACUUCGCCGGCCCGCUCCCGGCCGACAUCGGCAACGCCACAGCGCUCGAGACGCUCGACUUCAGGGGCGGCUUCUUCUCCGGCGGGAUCCCGAAGACCUACGGCAAGCUCCAGAAGCUCAAGUUCUUGGGCCUCUCAGGCAACAACCUCAACGGCGCUCUCCCAGCUGAGCUGUUCGAGCUCUCGUCGCUGGAGCAGCUCAUCAUCGGCUACAACGAGUUCAGCGGCGCGAUCCCGGCCGCCAUUGGCAAUCUCGCCAAGCUUCAGUACCUCGACAUGGCGAUCGGAAGCCUAGAAGGUCCCAUACCACCGGAGCUCGGCCGGCUGCCGUAUCUCAACACCGUUUACCUUUACAAGAACAACAUUGGUGGUGAGAUUCCCAAGGAGCUCGGCAACCUCUCCUCCCUCAUCAUGCUUGACCUCUCCGACAACGCGAUCACCGGCACGAUCCCGCCGGAGCUGGCACAGCUCACUAACCUGCAGCUACUUAACCUGAUGUGCAACAAGCUCAAGGGCGCCAUUCCGGCGGGGAUUGGCGAGCUCCCCAAACUGGAGGUGCUGGAGCUGUGGAACAACUCCCUCACCGGGCCGUUGCCGCCGUCGCUCGGCAAAGCGCAGCCGCUGCAGUGGCUGGACGUGUCGACGAACGCCUUGUCCGGGCCGGUGCCCGCCGGACUCUGCGACAGCGGUAACCUGACGAAGCUGAUACUGUUCAACAACGUCUUCACGGGCCCGAUUCCGGCGGGGCUCACGACGUGUUCGACGCUUGUCCGCGUCCGGGUGCACAACAACCGGCUCAACGGCACGGUGCCGGUGGGGCUCGGGCGGCUGCCGCGGCUGCAGCGCCUGGAGCUGGCCGGCAAUGAGCUGUCCGGCGAGAUCCCGGACGACUUGGCGCUCUCGAAGUCGCUCUCCUUCAUCGACCUCUCGCACAACCAGCUGCGGUCGGCGCUGCCGUCGAACAUCCUGUCCAUCCCGGCGCUGCAGACGUUCGCGGCGGCCGAUAACGAGCUGACCGGCGGCGUGCCGGAUGAGCUUGCCGAUUGCCUGUCGCUGUCCGCCCUCGACCUGUCGAACAACCGGCUGUCUGGCGCGAUCCCGGCCAGCCUCGCGUCGUGCCAGAGGCUCGUUUCGCUAAGCCUCCGGAACAACCGCUUCACCGGGGAAAUCCCUGCGGCUGUCGCCAUGAUGCCGACAUUGUCCGUCCUCGAUCUCUCCAACAACUUCCUCACCGGCGAGAUCCCGAGCAACUUCGGCAGCUCGCCGGCGCUUGAAAUGCUGAACCUGGCGUACAACAACCUCACUGGCCCCGUGCCGGCGACGGGGCUCCUAAGGACGAUCAACCCCGACGACCUUGCCGGGAACCCGGGACUCUGUGGCGGCGUCCUGCCUCCGUGCGGGGCAAACGCUCUCCGGUCAUCGUCGUCGGAAUCGUCUGGUCUUCGCCGCUCACACAUGAAACACAUCGCCGCCGGCUGGGCCAUCGGCAUCUCUGCCGUGAUAGUGGCAUGCGGAGCCAUACUUGUUGGCAAGCAGCUGUACCACCGGUGGUACGUCCACGGCGGAUGCUGCGACGACGCCGUGGAGGAAGAGGGGAGCGGCUCGUGGCCAUGGCGCCUCACGGCGUUCCAGCGGUUGAGUUUCACUAGCGCCGAGGUGCUCGCGUGCAUCAAGGAGGCCAACAUCGUCGGCAUGGGCGGCACGGGUGUGGUGUACCGCGCCGACAUGCCACGCCACCACACUGUCGUCGCCGUCAAGAAGUUGUGGCGCGCGGCCGGCUGCCCCGAGGAGGCCGCCACGGUCGACGGGCGCCAGGACGUCGAAGCGGGAGGCGAGUUCGCGGCCGAGGUGAAGCUUCUCGGGCGGCUCCGGCACCGGAACGUCGUGCGCAUGCUGGGCUACGUGAGCAACAACCUGGACACUAUGGUGCUCUACGAGUACAUGGUCAAUGGCAGCCUGUGGGACGCGCUUCACGGACAGCGAAAGGGCAAGAUGCUGAUGGACUGGGUGUCGCGAUACAACGUCGCGGCGGGCGUCGCCGCCGGUCUCGCCUACCUGCACCACGACUGCCGGCCGCCGGUCAUCCACCGCGACGUCAAGUCGAGCAACGUCCUCCUCGACGCCAACAUGGACGCCAAGAUCGCCGACUUCGGCCUCGCCCGCGUCAUGGCGCGCGCCCACGAGACCGUCUCCGUCGUCGCCGGCUCGUAUGGCUACAUCGCGCCGGAGUACGGGUACACGCUGAAGGUGGAUCAGAAGAGCGACAUCUACAGCUUCGGAGUGGUCCUCAUGGAGCUCCUCACCGGACGGCGGCCCAUCGAGCCGGAGUACGGCGACAGCCAGGACAUCGUCGGGUGGAUCAGGGAGCGGCUGCGCAGCAACACCGGGGUGGAGGAGCUGCUCGACGCCAGCGUCGGCGGCCGCGUCGACCACGUCCGGGAGGAGAUGCUGCUGGUUCUGCGCGUCGCGGUGCUGUGCACGGCCAAGUCACCCAAGGACCGGCCCAGCAUGCGCGACGUGGUGACCAUGCUCGGGGAGGCGAAGCCCCGGCGGAAGAGCAGCAGCGCCACGGUGGCCGCCACCGUCGUGGACAAGGACAAGCCGGUGUUCACGACGUCGCCCGACUCCGGUUACCUAUAAUACAACUUGGUUUUUCACCGGAGCCUCUGACGUGACAGACGCGAUCGAACACUUUUCUUGUAUCUAUAGUU